UCGCAGUAGCUGGCUCGGAUGUUGAAGAACAAGAGAAGAUUUAUGAAACACUGAAUUCAAAAUUUGAUGCUACAGCACUACUUGGUUCCUCAAUGCCAGUGCGAGAUCCACCAUCUCCACCGUUACAACGACCGCCACCGCUACCUCCACGCAAGAUGUGGCAACAUGAACAUCCAAAUUCAUCAGAUAGCGAAGACAGUGACUGCACUGACAGUUUUGAAGAAGAAGAUGAUGAGGAUAAUGAGGAUAAUGGUGAUGAUGAUGGUGAAGAACCAGCCUACAAGAAAUACCAGCAGUCUCUCUAUAUGAAGCAACUAUCCAGAGGUCAAAGAGAAAAAGAGCUUUUUCAGUUAGCUCUGCGUAAAGCAUAUGCACAUUCGUUUGAAGCAGUCAAUGAAGUUCAAGAAAAUCAGGAAAGUCCCUCAAAGAAUCCAUCAAGUUCAACAACGACUAUAAGAUCCUCAGACUCAGAUGUGUCAUCUAAAUCUACUCGUUCAAUAAAGUCUCGGGCCUGUCGUAUCAUGUGACCAACUCAUUUGUGUCUUCGUCAUGCAGGCAAAAUUCACUACUCUACCAUGGGAUGAGCAGUACUUUAUCAUGUG